UUUUCAUGAAGGCUCUUCCUGCCGUCAAGAGUGUUACUAAGAAUACAGGUGCUUAUAAGGAUAACCUAGAUAAAGCCUCCACUUUGAUGCACGAUCUUGAUUUCAGAGUUCAAAAGAAAGCAAAAGCUAAGAAAAAACUUAGGAAACGGAAAUUUAAGAAGCCUAAAAGCAAGUUGAAGAGCGGUGAAGCACCUUUACUGUUUAGCAUUGGCCAUAUCACUCAGGAUGAGGCAAGGAAGCAAGAAAAGAAAGCUAUAUAUGCGGCUAUAAUGAAAUAAAAUUCGUGAUAGGAUCUUAGAAAAAGCCGGAAAAUUGAAGGAAAAAUCUCAAUCUGAUGACAUCCUAAUUGUAGAGGGAACAAACAGUCCUCAAAGAAUGGAGAGGAUCAGGACAAUGAUGAAUUUCAGGAAACAGACUACUCAGAUUAAGACUCCCUUGCAGAGGACAGCAGAGAAGUUUACUCGGAAAUAUAGACAGCAAACAGGAAAUGAAGCUAGUCUGGAUAGUGAAAAACCUUCCAAAAUCAACAUUGAUUUGACGCAGAUAAGUUUCAAAAACAGGCAUCAGAAGAUCGAAAGUCUGGCUGAUAAAGAGUACUCUAACCUAUGCAUUUUGAAGAGGAUUCGGAACAAAAAGACAAAGAAGGAGCUGAUGUAUGAAGCAGAUUCACAUAAGUACAACUCUUUUAUUCAAAAGAUAAAGAGGUUUUCAUCAGAGGUUCAUACACGGAAUGGCAUCGUCAGGGAAGCUGAAGCACAGGCGAAAUAGCCCGAUUGUGCGGAACCCAAAUAUUCCUGAGACUUUGUGUGACCCAUCGAUUUCGUCAUGGGCGAUGAACCCUAACCAGACUAUCCAGAACAUCUGGAGGAAGUAUGAUAUCGCUCAGAAAGAAGUGUUACCGUUUUGUGAGUACACUCCUAAGAUCACUGAGAUUAACUCGCCAGUGAUGGAAUCUAAGAAGAAAAAUGGCCUUGAUUUUGGUGAGAAGAAAUCCCUCACUCCUAACUAUUUUUCAGGCGGUGGGAGAAAGAAGUCUCAUAGCGAGUUGAAGGAGAGAACCGGCUUUAAAAAGCCUAAUAAUUUUAACUUAACAUAUUGUGGUUCUGAGAAAAUUAAGGCUGAGAAAACUAGGAAUGGUGGACAAAUAUUGACUAAAAAUUUGAUACUCAAUCGCACCCAAAGCAGGUUGAAAGUCAAGCCAAAGAAUUGUAGGAAACAUUCACAAGAGAUCUCUCCAUUUAGCACUCACUCAGUGAUGUCAAUUUCCAACCUCCAGAGCACUCAGAGUGAUUUGAAGAGGAGGGCUAGAAGUAAGCUGAGAGGGGGCUGGAAUCUCUCUCCUUUUGGAUUGAAAGAGCCAGUUCAGUCUUUGAAAAGCUUACAUCAGACUUCUAAUCUGACACCUAAUCGACAACUGCAUACUCUGAAUUCGAUCAUCACGAAGGCGAAUGUUUCUAGUACUAAUAUGAUCAACAUCACACCUUUGAAGAACUUUCAGAAAGGUAAGCUUAAAGGACCAAUUCUGACUCAAGCCUGGUCAGAUGGUCUUUCACAAGGCCAGGCAGUGGCCAAGUUGCCAUUUUCCUUCCUCAGAAAGGUACUAAUCUCAUGUAGGUUUUGAGAAAAUGCACACAAUAGUGUGUGAAGAACUUGACAAUAAGUAUAUCGACACAGGGUUCGACUUUAAUAGAACCGCUGUUGCCUCUAAGUGGGUGUAAUACCAUCUUUUGUGGUAUCAUUUUGAGUAUUUUCA